CUCAUUUUAUCCUCUGCUUCAGCUCUAGAUGGAGGCUCAGCGUCCCAAUCUCUUUUCCCUGCAGGGGAUUGUAAUGAUAUCUGGCGUCAUACUUUGCACACUAUCGUUUCUCGCCGCCCUCAUUUCGAUGAUAAAAUUGCCCCAAUUGAUUGUUAAAGAUGAGAAUCCAACAUCCCUAAGCAUUACAAAUAUCAACUUCACCUAUGGAUACAUUGCCUUCAUCGCCCUAUUUAUUGAUUUGAUCUUCCUCCUGUUCGAACUUCGUAUUCAAUUAGUCACGCAGUAUUUAGAGUUCGCCAACAUGUAUUUGAUGUCUGCCAUCUUCUACCUACUCUGGUCGUUUGUCAACAUCGGAUUUGCUGGGUCUUUAGGUAUUGCAGUUGGUGUCAUGAUGGUCCUCAACGGCUUAUUCAUUUUGUUUGUGGAGAUUCAGCGCCAGAGGUAGCCUUCUGCGAAAAAAAAUUAUUUUGAUGAAGCAAAAUGUCUGUCUAUACACAACUUUUAGGUAAAGUUUUGCUAGAUUAUUCUAAACUGUCUUAAUUAUUCAAUUAA